CCAAUCACAACUGCUCUUACCUAAUAUACAUUUAAAUCAAAUGAAUAACAAUAGUAAGUAUCUUAGUAGCAGACGUAAAAAAGAUAAGCAAAAAAAGUGUGAAAAACGUACUCUAGAAUCAGAUGAACAGAAAGACAAAAGAAAGCAACAAAAUGCAUUAAACAUGCGCAAAAAACGUGCCUUAGAAACUGCAGAAGAACACCUUAGUUAA